CCUCCUUUAUAUAUCAGUGUGUCGCUGCUGCAGGACCUCUUGGAGGGUUCAAUGUCUUCUCAGCUGUUCUGUCCCGUCUUUGUCACCUUCCUCCCCCGUGUGACGGUCCUCUAUCCUAGGGCUGAGCCUGGACUUCUAUCUCCAGGAGACCCCCCAUCUCCCGGACACUUUGUACCCCAGGGCUGAGCCUGGACUUCUAUCUCUGGGAGACCCCCCAUCUCCCGGACACUUUCUACCCAACGGCUGAACCUGGACUUCUAUCUCCGGGAGACCCCCCAUCUCCCGGACACUUUCUACCCCAGGGCUGAGCCUGGACUUCUAUCUCCGGGAGACCCCCCAUUUCCUGGACACUUUCUACCCCAGGGCUGAGCCUGGACUUCUAUCUCCGGGAGAACCCCCAUUUCCUGGACACCUUCUACCCCAGGGCUGAGCCUGGACUUCUAUCUCCGGGAGACCCCCCAUUUCCCGGACACUUUGUACCCCAGGGCUGAGCCUGGACUUCUAUCUCCGGGAGACCCCCCAUUUCCUGGACACCUUCUACCCCAGGGCUGAGCCUGGACUUCUAUCUCCGGGAGACCCCCCAUCUCCUGGACACCUUCUACCCCAGGGCUGAGCCUGGACUUCUAUCUCCGGGAGACCCCCCAUUUCCCGGACACUUUGUACCCCAGGGCUGAGCCUGGACUUCUAUCUCCGGGAGACCCCCCAUUUCCUGGACACCUUCUACCCCAGGGCUGAGCCUGGACUUCUAUCUCCGGGAGACCCCCCAUCUCCUGGACACCUUCUACCCCAGGGCUGAGCCUGGACUUCUAUCUCCGGGAGACCCCCCAUCUCCUGAACACCUUCUACCCAAAGGCUGAGCCUGGACUUCUAUCUCCGAGAGACCCCCCAUCUCCUGAACACCUUCUACCCAAAGGCUGAGCCUGGACUUCUAUCUCCAGGAGACCCCCCAUCUCCUGGACACCUUCUACCCAACGGCUGAGCCUGGACUUCUAUCUCCGGGAGACCCCCUAUCUCCUGGACACCUUCUACCCCAGGGCUGAGCCUAGACAUCUUCCAUCUUCUGGACACCCUCCAUCUCGGGGACAUCUUCUAUUUAUGGGACACCCUCUAUCUCCUGGACACCCUACAUCUCGUGGACACCUUCUACCGCAGGACUGAGCCUAGACAUUUUUCAUCUCCUGUACAUCCUCUAUCUCCGAGACCCCAUCUAUCCUAAGGGUAAGUCUGAACUUCUAUCUCCCGGACACCCUCUUUCUCCAGGACCCCCUCUACCUCUUGGUCACCCACUAUCUCCGAGACCAACUCUAUCCCAAAGGUCACAGCCUGAGCUCUCUCAACGUUUCACCCUCUCGGGGGUUUUCUAGGAAGAGAAAGGAAAAAUGCCCUCCGGAGGAUUCCAGCCCAUCGAUGGAGGACAGCAGGUGAUGGUCCGAACUGCCGUCACCAAGACUCUGGUCCUGUCCGUCUUCACCGCCAUCCUCGGCUCAUUCCAGUUCGGAUACAACAUUGGAGUCAUCAACGCACCCCAAAAGAUCAUAGAGCAAAGCUACAAUGAAUCGUACAUCAGUCGGAACAGUCCCGAGUCGCAUUCCAUCGAUGCCGGCCUCCUACGGACGUUGUGGGCGCUGUCGGUGGCCAUUUUCUCUAUUGGUGGCAUGGUGUCCUCUUUGUGUGUCGGGGUCGUGUCUCAGUGGCUGGGACGGAAGAGAGCCAUGAUUGUGAAUAACAUCUUUGCCUUCAUUGGUGGGACCCUAAUGGGACUAAGUCAGAUCAGCCAGUCGUAUGAGAUGAUGAUCCUGGGAAGGUUCAUUAUUGGAGUAUAUUCAGGUCUGGCCUCUGGGUUGGUUCCAAUGUAUGUAGGAGAAAUUUCCCCAACACACCUGCGAGGGGCGCUGGGCACCCUCCACCAGCUAUCGCUGGUCAUCGGUAUUCUUGUGGCUCAGGUUCUGGGUCUGGAUUUGUUCCUGGGCACAAGCUCUCGGUGGCCGGUCCUCUUCUGGGUGACUCUGAUCCCAGCUGUUCUGCAGUCGGUGCUGCUGCCAUUUUGUCCGGAGAGCCCCCGCUUCCUGUACAUUGUGUGCGAGCAGGAGGGACAUGCCAAGACCAGUCUCCGGCGUCUCACGGGCCUCGUGGAUGUCUCGGACGCCCUCUCGGAGAUGAAGGAAGAGAAGAGACGGAUGGACAUGGAACAGAAAGUCACCAUCCUGCAGAUCUUCAGAUCCCGACAAUACCGGCAGCCCAUGAUCGUGGCCAUAAUCCUCCAACUCUCCCAACAACUUUCCGGCAUCAACGCGAUCUUCUAUUAUUCCACCGAUAUCUUCGCUAAAGCCGGAGUGGAACAGCCGAUCUACGCCACGAUCGGGGCGGGAAUCGUCAACACGGCCUUCACGGUGGUGUCGCUGUUCCUUGUGGAGAGGGCGGGAAGACGGACCCUACACCUGGUGGGCCUGGCGGGAAUGAUCCUCUGUGCCUUAUUAAUGACGGUGGCCAUGGCCCUACAGGAAACCAUCCCCGCCAUCAGCUCCCUCAGCAUGGCCGCCAUCUUCGGAUUCGUGGCGUUCUUCGAGGUGGGGCCCGGUCCUAUUCCGUGGUUCAUUGUGGCGGAACUCUUUAGUCAAGGUCCUCGGCCGGCAGCCAUGGCCAUCGCCGGAUGUACCAACUGGACCUCCAACUUCAUCAUCGGGAUGGGAUUCCCAUACAUCGCGGACCUCCUUGGGCCGUACGUCUUCCUCCUCUUCGCUUUCUUAUUGUUGGGUUUCCUGAUCUUCACGUAUUUCCGCGUCCCGGAAACCAGGGGAAGGUCGUUUGAUGAGAUCGCUCACGCUUUUCGUAGAAGGAACCCGUCGUUGUUGGACCACGAGAUUAAGGCCAGCACCGAGUUGGACAGUCUUGGCGGUGGAGAGGAGGCAUAAAGGUCGGAACCCAUCCCGAGCGAAGCCUUGUUCCGGGAAGCUCUGAAGGAACCCACCUGGAAUGAAGCCUCCUGCAGGACAAUUUUUUUUUUUUUUACCGAACUCACCAAAAACGUUUGAAUGUUUGUGUUGCGGCGUACGGACGGCGCAGUGUUAUUCUGUACAUAUCAAGAGCGCCAGUUCUAGAUAACAAUGUCAAUCAAGGGCAAGUAGCUGGAAGGAGGGAGCCAGAGGCGGCUCUAGGCUUUGUGAGGCCUUAGGCAAAACUUGACAAGGGGUCCCCCCCCACUCACACCCAUGAUGG